AUGACAGCCGAUGACACAGACUCGCUGUCGUCCCAUUCGCCCCUAGCAUACGUGGUGCUUUCCGGAGGAAUCGGAGGUGCCACUGGAGACUCGGUCAUGCAUUCUCUCGACACCGUCAAGACCCGACAGCAGGGAGCUCCCCACGCGCUCAAGUACCGCAGCAUGCUGAGAGCAUACUCGACGCUCUAUCUGGAGGAGGGAUUCUUUCGAGGACUAUACGCUGGCUUCACGCCGGCACUGCUAGGUUCGUUCCCGGCAACUUGCAUGUUUUUCGGUACCUAUGAGACCACAAAACGAAUUGGCGCCUACUACAAGGCUCCUGACACCUUUGUGCAUUUGCUCGGUGGACUUCUGGGUGACCUGGUGUCGUCUGUGUGGUACGUGCCAUCCGAGGUGCUCAAGACCCGUCUGCAGCUUCAAGGGCGACACAACAACCCCCACUUCUACUCGGGAUACAACUACAGAGGCUUCAACGACGCGCUCAAAACGAUUUAUAGAAAGGAGGGCCUGGGAGCGCUCUUCUUCGGUUACAAAGCCACUCUGGCUCGAGACUUGCCCUUUUCGGGACUGCAGUUUGCUUUCUACGAAAAGUUCCAUCAAUGGGCUCAGGAUUAUGUGGGCCAUGGCAAGGACAUGGGCGUCGGCCUGGAGCUGUUGACAGGUGCAGCUGGUGGAGGUCUCGCAGGUAUCAUCACCACUCCUCUGGAUGUCGUUAAGACCCGUCUUCAAACACAAAUCACCAAGCCAACUUCGGUUGGAGGACCUACAGACACUCGGGUGAUUUUGUCGGAUUCAGUUCUGCGGUCACUGGCAACGAUAUGGCGUACUGAGCGGUUUGCUGGGCUAUUCUCUGGUGUGUGGCCUCGAUUCGUCUGGACUUCCACACAGAGCAGUAUCAUGUUGCUGCUGUACCAGACUGCUCUGAAGGCGUUCGAUGUGUACGAUCCCUUCAACCUGGAGGACCACGGACGACAAAAGUUGCAGUAG